AGCAGCACAGAAGUAGACACUCUGCAUUACCUACAGGUCACAAGUAUGGGAGAAUCCUUGGAAAACAGCACCGAUGACUUUAUCAUAUCCUUCAAUAGAGAGUGCCCCAAAGAAUUGGGGGAACUCAUCGAAAAUUCCAGUGGAGAUGUCCGAAGAUUUGAUGACACCGGAUUUACAUUGUCUCUUCAGAAUGGACUUGAAAACCUAAGGCUGGAAAAUUCAUUGACAGAUGUAAUGUUGUGUGUUGGCAAUAGCGUAUUCUCAUGCCAUCGGGUUGUACUUGCUGCCGCCAGCAAUUAUUUUAGAGCCAUGUUCUGCAAUGAUCUUAAAGAAAAGUAUGAGGAGAAGAUUAUAAUCCAAGGAGUGGAAGCAGAAACCAUGAGGAUUAUUUUGGAUUAUACUUACACUAGUAAAGUUGUGAUCACAAAGCAAAAUGUACAGAAACUAUUAGAGGCUGCCAGUCUUUUUCAGUUCCUUCGAAUGGUGGAUGCCUGUUCCAGUUUCCUUACAGAAGCUCUUCACCCUGAAAACUGUGUUGGAAUUUUAAGACUUGCAGAUACCCAUUGUUUAGACUUGUUGAAGUUGCAAGUCCAGAACUACAUCAUCCAAAACUUUUCUCAGGUUGUAAACCAUGAAGAGUUCCUCGAGUUGACAUCUGAUGUUCUAUACCACAUUCUAAAGAGUGAUGAGCUGUAUGUCACGGAGGAAGCACAAGUCUUUGAGACUGUAAUAAAAUGGGUGCAGUAUAAACAAUCAGAGAGGAUUUCUCUUCUGCCAAAAAUGUUAGAAUGUGUCCGGCUGCCCUUAUUAGACCCCUGGUAUCUUGUUGGUACAGUAGAAACCAAUGAACUGAUCAGACAGUGCCCUGAAGUCUUCAAUUUAAUGCAAGAAGCACGCAUGUAUUAUCUGACAGGCAAUGAGAUCAUUUCAGAGAGAACGAAACCGCGGAUUCAUGAAUUUCAAUCUGAAGUGUUUAUGAUCAUCGGAGGUUGCACCAAAGAUGAGAAGUUUGUUACUGAGGUCACUUGUCUUGAUCCUUUAAGGAGAAGCCGCCUAGAAGUGGCCAAGCUGCCAAUGUGUGAGCCGGAUGGUGAAAAUGAACUUAAGAAAUGGGUGGAGUUUGCAUGUAUAACCUUCAAAAACGAGGUCUACAUAUCAGGUGGUAAAGAAACUCAGCAUGAAGUGUGGAAAUAUAACUCCUCCAUUAAUAAGUGGAUACAGAUUGAAUAUUUAAAUGUGGGCAGGUGGAGGCACAAGAUGGCUUCGCUGUGCGGCAAGGUGUACGCACUUGGUGGUUUUGAUGGCAACCAGAGGAUGUACAGUGUGGAAUCUUAUGACUCCUUCCACAAUUGCUGGACAGAGGUGGCUCCAUUAAUACUCAGUGUGAGUUCAUUUGCAACAGCAAGUCACAAAAACAAGCUUUAUGUUAUCGGAGGUGGACCCAAUGGGAAACUGGCCACUGAUAAAACCCAGUGCUAUGACCCAUCUACCAACAAGUGGAGUUUAAAGUCACCAAUGCCAGUCGAGGCAAAAUGCAUCAAUGCAGUAAGCUUCCAUGAUCACAUCUAUGUUGUUGGUGGAGCAAUGAAGGCUUUGUAUUCAUACAGCCCUCUCAUUGACUCUUGGAGUUUGGUAACAAAGUUUAGCCAUGAACGAGCAAGCUGUGGAAUAGCUGCAUGUUGUAAUAAGAUAUUCAUCACGGGCGGGCGAGAUGAGAGGAACGAGGUGAUAGCUACUGUUCUGUGCUGGGACAUCGAGACAGGAAAACUGACCGAGGAAUGUGUCCUCCCUCGUGGUGUUUCCCAUCAUAGCAGCGUCACCAUCAGAAAAUCAUAUUCUCACAUCCGUAGGAUAGUCGCCGGAGCUGUUUCUGUCUAAUCUCCAAGGGGCCGUUUCCCUACUAUUGUCUAAUAUGUAAUUUAUUUCUUAAUUUUUUGCAAUUAUUUGUACAAAUAUUUUGGACAUUUUCAUGGAUACCUUUUCUUGGGAAUUUAAAGCCAUAGCUACAAUAAUGGGCCUUAUGACUAUAUGUAUAUAUCUCUUUUGUAUAUAUUUGUGUAAAGUAAUGUUUUUAGUAAAGAAAUUUUUAUAGGGGUAGGACAUUCACAAACACAGGAAAAUGUCCCGCUGUAAUACAUGCCAAGUUGACGUUUUACUUGUGAGAUUAAAAUGAGUAUAAAUUGUG